AUGGAGCCCAGACGGGAUUUUCGAUUUGAUCACUUCCAUUCUGAUCAUGAACUAGGUAUUCCUGAAGACUUUGACGAUGGAAUGCUUGAUGGAAUCGACUGGUCCAACCCCGAGAGCUUCCUCGAGGCCAUGGGGAUUAAAGGUCGGAUGCCCAAAAUGCUCAGCCCCGCCGAAGUUCGACGAGAGGCCAAGGGCAAGUCUCGCCUAAUCUUUGCUGCUUACGAAACUCUGAGCAAGAUCAUUGAGCGCCAUGAGGCCACUAUCCAAAAGAGAUGGUCCAAGAAGACAAGGCAGCAGAGACAACAAAUUCUUCUCAAAGCCUGGCCAGGCAUGCCAGCCUCCCACCGUCCAGACUUUGAAGCCUUGCGAAAAGAGUCCAAGGAGCAAAGGGAGAGAUGCACCAAAUACAGGGAUCACUACAUGUGGCCUAAUAUCAACCAGGAGGACCUCACCCAACCGAAAGUGAUGCCGCUACUCCUCAAUUCCAGAGGGCGCUAUCCUCCCCCCACUUUCGCUUCAGCAGACAACGCCUCGGUACAUCUCGGUCUUGCAUCCAAAUCAUUGGUUGCCAUAUUUCACAACGAGCAUGUCAUGGUUCUCAACGGGGCUACUACAGCCGAAGGAUAUGGCACCCUGGUCGCGUGGGCGGAUCAUCCUGACGCCUUUGAGUGGAUGCACACCCGAAAGCAGUUCCUCCCAGGAGAGGGACUUAUUAUUCUCGAGGUGCAAGCUCGUCUCAUGGACUUUCUUGUCGACUUUUGUCAUCAGAUCCUCCACGAGAUCCCAGAAGCCGAGUUAAUCAGCGAUGCAUAUCCCGUUCAGCCAGAGCCUCCCCUCAAGACAGACAAUGAUACCUCUGGGUUUGCAAACCUGUCGGCGAUGGCAUCAGAAGCUCCGUAUAGACUUCCGAUGCGUCUUGAUUUGGCAAAAGUCGAGUCUCUCCUCGAGGCCAAGAAGUCGGCAGCAGAGGAUCACGUCUGGGCACUUCGUGAAGAUCCCGCGUACUUUGCCCACGAGUUCCUUGAGGUCAGGGACCACCGACAGGAGAUGCUCAAAGACUCUCAAGGACGCUCACACCCCGCGACUAACAAACAGCGGGAACAUAUUGUCUGGGCUAGAAUCACUGGGACCAUACUCUCGGAUGCUUACAUCAACCUUGAGGCCUUUACUGAGCUUCACCGACAAGCUCAGCAUGUGCGCAGCUUACAGGACAAGUACAACACAAAAAUAUCGCCUGAAAAGGACUUGCCUGAAGAGUACAUGGUCGCGUUGCUGCGGUUCAGGUACUUUCUUGAGAAGGAGGCAAAGACCCCGUUGCAGAGGCUCAAGAAGGCGGUCGUCUCAUCGCCGCCAAUGCAAAAGUUCUUUGUUCACGCUCCCCCAACUGAUCCCAAUUCAACAACUAUAAUCAUGUAUGAGAGGCCCGGAGUCAAGAAGACCAAGGAUGAGGAGCAUCUGAUCUGGCUCCUGCAGAACCUGUUGCAAGACGAGUAUACCCUCUUCCUGAUUGGUCUACCUCAUUUCAUGGAUGAGCUCGAGCGCCUACUACAGGCGAACCCUGAGGUGGAUGUGCUGGUCUCAGCCCAUGUGAUCAAGAUCAUCGGUGAUCUAUCAAUCAUGGCUCAGUGCUCAAGACAACUUGAGCUCUACCAACCAUGGGCUCAAACAUUUGAAACCAAAUCCGUGGAUCAUGUGGAUAACUUGAAAGCCGAACAUGAACAGUGGAAACAGCCCUGGACGCAGUUUUUCCCCUCCAUUAAAGACCAGACCCUGACCAAUAUUGGAAGACUCGCUGAACCUUCUGGUGGCAAGUUUUCUUACCCCUUUGGCAAGCGUCGCACGAAGGAUACUGUUGAUGCAUUGCGGAGAGCAGAGGCCAACCUGGAUGCCAUUUGGGACAAGAUUGAUGAACGCUUGCGAUCCAAGGCGCCGGCGCUGCAACGAACAGCUGUUCAUCGUUUCCUUUCGAAGCCGCGCACGCUUCGGAGAACUGGAGAAUGGGUUGAACCGACGGCGCCGACGAAAGACAAGAAGGUCGCAGACCCUGACCUUGACGUCUUGAACCGACCGCUUUCAAAUGUGUUUUUGGAUCAUUCAGAGGAUAAAGUCCAGGGAUCAAAGGCUCAACAAAAGGUCAAGGCCAAGACCAAGGGCGUCUCCUCCGCAAAACCUGCCGCGGCACCUGAGGCACCCGAACCUGACCACGCGGACCCCCAGCCAACAUUCCACGUGGAUGCUAAAACGCUCAAAGUAUUCCGCACCCUAUUCUUCAACCCCGAGGUGAACUCGACUCCCGGCUCGGUUCUCUGGAACGACUUCCUCCACGCAAUGGUGGCCACGGGAUUCCGAGCGGAGAAGUUGUACGGCUCCGUCUGGCAGUUUUCACCCACCACGUUGGAUGUGGGGAGGAGCAUCCACUUCCAUGAGCCUCAUCCCAAGGGUAAGAUUCCUUUCGAGGUGGCUAGACGGCAUGGGAGACGGUUGACAAGGGCGUAUGGUUGGUUUGGGGGCAUGUUUGUCUUGAAGAAGAAGUAG